AUGUCCUGGCAAGCUUAUGUUGAUAGCAGCCUCCUUGGUACCGGCCAUCUCGACAAGGCCGCCAUUCUUGCCGGUGAUGGUACUAGCACCUGGGCCAUUUCGGCUGGAUUCCAGAUCAGCCCCGAAGAGGGCAAGACGAUCGCCAAGGCACUAGGCGGUGACCGCGACGCCGUCUUUGCCGAUGGUUUCCACGUUGGCGGUGAGCGAUACGUUGUCACCAGGGCUGAGGACAGGAGUUUGUACGGACGACAGGGCAAGGACGGUGUCGCCAUUGUCAAGACCAACCAGGCCAUCAUUGUUGGACAUUACGGACCUCAGCACCAGGCCGGAAACGCUGCCAACGUCGUCGAAAAGCUUGCCGACUACCUCAUUGGACUCGGCUACUAG